GAUUCCUGCUCUCGGACUUCCAAAAAAACAUAAUUUCCAUUCAACAACUGUCAUUGCAUCUUACUGGAAGCAUUCAGACUGAACGCAUACGAUACACGCAGGCUGCGAGCAUGCUUCUUUGUGUUCCGUGUGCUCGUGAAAAUUAAUUUCUCCUGGUCAUGCAGCAAGUUGCGCUACUGUAGGGUGAAGGAGGUAGCAAUAAGAAAGUAAGUCUGUCACCGAGUUGCCGGCAGAAUUGCCGACAGCAGCGAGCGAACGCAUUAGCACCGAGGCACAGGCUAAAAUAUUUAUUACACACUACUUGAAGCGCUUGAAACAAUAGUGCCCCAAAUCCUGCCAACAAAGCCUGAAGAGUUCCGCAUGUCUGCUGGAAAACGACUUGGUUGCGCCUUUAGGCUCCUUUUCGGUGGCGCACUCCGCAAGGGCGGUAGAGGUAUAUCGAUAUACACAACCGACAACAAAGAAUGCAAUGCACCCUGGACAGAGCCAGCGCAGCGAGGGACCGGUGCCGGGAGGCAUGGGUGGCGCUGUUUCGAGCAAGGUCGAGGCCUCCGCGGGCGCCGGUGGUGGCGGCCCAACAGAGGAAGGCGCCUCCAGUCAGGGACUGCUGCGAGUUGGAGUGGUCUGCAAACAACCCAAGUUUGAUCUAGGCUCUUUAUCGCAGCCCGCUGACACCAGCAGCACUGGCUCGCUGCGCAAGGGCGGCGGCGGCGGCGCUGUGCCGCCAGUGGGUGGCGGUGGCAGCAGCUGCCGCCACCCUGCCGCCGCCGCCGCCGGGGCCUCCUGCAGUCAUCUUCACCACCGGUCCAAGGCAAGCAGCAGCAAAGCCUUCGGCGGCGGCGGCGGCGCCGGCAGCGAUGAUGACGACACCAGCUUUGGCGGCGGCGGCAGCGGCAGCGGCGGCGGCAGCCUCGCGAGCAGGCUCUUCAGAAGCGGCGCCGGCUCAUCACGCACUGCUGCUGAAGCCGGCGCCGCCGGCAGCAGCAAGCGGGGCGCGGCUAAUAAGGCGGCGGCGGCGGCGGCAGACCGGCGCAUCUACGACAGCGGCCCGGUGGCGGCGGCGGCGGCGGCGGCGGCGGCGGGCUCUGCUGCGGCACACGCCACACACGCGCACGAUCCCAAGGACCGGCAAGUCACCAGGUCCGCAUUCAAGCUCAACAGCCGCUCAUUCCGCAGCGGCAAGGCCGGCGGCAGCAGGGCGGCGGCGGCGGGCGGCCGCAGCGGCAGGGCCGGCGUCGGCGUCGGCGGCGUCGGCGGCGCCACAGGCGGGAUGAGUAUGAGUCGCGCGGCGGCGCUGGCAGUGGCGGCGGCGGCAGCCGUGGACGACGACGAUGAUGAUGACGAUGAUGAUUAUGACAAGUAUGGAGAUGCGGAUCCGGAUGAGGCGAUGCACGGUGGCGGCGGCGGCGGCGCCCAUCUGCCGCGGCUGCUCACCUCCCCAUCACACGCGGCAGCGGCGGCGGCGGCGUGGCCCACCUCCCUGCUGUCAGGCGGCGGCGGCGGCGGCGGCGGCGGCGGCCGCCUCAGCGGCAGCAAGUCCGCACGCGGCGCCAGCCUCACGGCGGCGGCGGCGACUGCCGCAUCCCCCUCCCCCACCUCCGCAUCCACUCCACUGGUGCGGCUGCCCAACGCCGCCCGCACCUCGCCCUUGCCCUCGCCGCCGCCGCCGCCGCCUUCGCUGCGCCUGUCUCCCAGCACCAACGCCGCCACCACCACCGCCACCGCCAGCGCACCCAACUCCCCCCUUAUGCACCUGCCGCACGUGUCCUGCCCUUCCCACCACCACCACCACGCGAUGUCAUCAAUCGUGGGCGGCAGUGGCGGUAGCGGCUCCGCCGGCGCGGCCUCGCCCCGCGGCUGCCUCAGCCCCUGCAGCCCCUGUAGCCCCAGUGGCGGCGGCGGCGGCGGCGGCGGCGGCGGUGGCGGCGGCGGCGGCCACGGGCUGUUCAGUCGGAUGCACGCCGGCCACUUCAACCACCUGUACGAGGAGGAGGGGCCGCUCAUGCGCCGCUCCGCACCCGGCGCCACCUCCGCAGGCCGUGGCGGCGGCGGCGGUGGCGGCGGCGGUGGCGGUGGCGGCGGUGGCGGGGGCUACGGCGGCAGCGGGGGCAGCUGUACUGUGGGCGUGCUGCGCUCGCCUGCUGCUGCUGCCGUGGAUGCUGCUGCCAGCAUUGGUGAGGGCGAUUGUGAGGGUGGUGGUGGUGAGGGCGGCGGCGGUGGUGAUGAGGAGGCGCCGUGCUGCUGCGACGAGUACGACAUUGAGCUACUGGCGCUGGUGACAGGCUCGGCGCCGCCACACGUCCCACCGGCGGGCUUUGGUGGUGCUGGCGGCGGCCGCGUCACUUCAGUGGGAGGCAGCGGCAGCAGCACUACUGCCGCUACUGCCGCUACUGCCGCUACUGCCGGCGGCGGCGCCACGGCGUCAGUGCUGGCGGGCAGGGCCAGUGUGCCCAGCGGCAGCACCGCAAGUGGCGGCGGUGGCGGCGGCGGCGGCGGCGGAGGCAGAGGCGGAGGCUACGGCGGCGGCAGCGACAGCGGCGGGGUGGGCUCGGGUCGGCUGCUGCCGCACUGCGCCGCCGCAGCAGCAGCCGUCAGUGAUAGUAACACCAGCUUCGGCAACGGUGGGUUGAUUGGCGGCGGCUCAGGCGGCGGCGGCGGCGAUGCUUUUCCGGUUACUGCAACCGCCGCUAUGUCCGUCACGGCCUUUGCCGCGGCCGCCUCUGGCGCCGCCGCUGCGCCGUACCGCAACAUCGACAACGGCAGCUUCGGUACCGGUGGUCGGUUGGUGACGGUUGGCAGCGGGCGCGGCGGCGGCGGCGGCGGCGUGUUCGGCGGCGCAGUUUCAACGGCCACGGCCGCCGCCGGUGCGGCCGUUGCCUACCAUGUGAAUGACGGUGGCGGUAACGGCGGCGGCAGCGGGGGCGGGCGCUCCGGCCGGCUGCCGCUGCCACUGUCCGACGGCGGCGGCAGCGGUGGCCUCGAUGGCCGCUACGGCAGUGACAGCGGCCGGAUGCCGCCGGGGCAGCAGGUCGCAGCAGGCGGUGGCGGCGGUGGCGGUGGCGGCGGUGGCGGCGGCGGCGGGGGCGGCGGCGGCGGUCAUUUGUACGGUGGCGGCAGCGACGCGGUAGCGCACGCAACCUUCGGCGGGAGUGCCAGCUAUGCAGGCUUGCCUGCUGGUGGCGUGGCAGGCACAGCAGGGGCGGUGGCAGUGGCGGCGGCCGCAACUGGCCGCGUCAGUGGCAGUGGCCUGGGCGGCGGCGGCGGCGGUGGCCACAGCACACACACCUUCUCCCCGACACCCGGGUGCAUUGCGCCGGCGCCCACCCUGAGCCGCCUCGCGCUCAUGCGGUCAGGCGCCGAGGCCGCCGGCAGCGGCGGCGGCGGCGGAGGCGCAGAGCCUUAUUACCCCCACCCCCACCAUCACCACCACCAUAAUCACUGCGGCAGCGGCGGCAGUGGCGGCGUCGCCGGCGGCAGCGGCGGCAGCAGCUGCGGCAGUCCGUUGAGCCCGCUGGGCGGCAGCAGCGGCGAUGAUCGCUCCGGCCACCACCAACAACACCGCCUGUUCAGAGGUCUGAUGGACACCGCCGACGGCAGCGGCGGCAGCGGCGGCGGCGGCGGCUCACACGGCGGCGGCGGCGGCGGGUGUGUGUCGCCGCCUACUGUUGCGCCCACGUCGCCGCUGCUGCACCUGCCCGCGGUUGGCGGCUCGCCGCACACGCACAUGCACAGCGACAGUAAUAACGGUUACGGCAGCGGCGGCGCUUACGGCGGCUACAGCCCACAGCAGCAGCAGCACCAGGAGCAGCAGCAGCAAAUGUCGGCGCCCCUGCCGUGCCUGGGUGUGGUGAACGGCGGGCACCCUGCUGCAAGCUAUGUUGGUGGUGGUGGUGGUGGUGGGGUUGGGAGUGGGAGUGAGGUGGAGGUGGCGGCGGCGCUGCUCAGCGCGCGCCUGCACCGGCUGCUGCCGGCGGCGGCGGCACAGCAUCAGCAGCAGCAGCAGCAUUAGAUCCAUAUGUACAGGCAAUGAGGAGCACCGAACGACCCGAACCGUACGUCCCGUGUUCUACUUAUCAAUGACCUGAUCUUUAGUAUGAUGGAUUCCCGGUGGGUGCCUUGGGAUAGCGAAGCAGUGUGUCCUGAGUGUGUGACCCUUUUGUGGCAACAUGCGGCAAUGCGCGCACGGUCAGUCACGGGUGUCACGGCACUGCUCGCUGCCGGAAUGACGGGCGCAAGCGUUUAUUUCUCAUUCUUGGCCUUGGCAAUAGACUUUAUUCCCCUUGAAUUCAUCCAAAGCAGCGUUCAGUUGUGCCGCAUUUGUUGCUGCGUGUGCGUCAAGGUUUUGAUUACUAUUACUCAUUCAUCAAUACAUGUGUGCUCCGUCUCCCCCACAUCCAACCGUAAAGCGUCGUCUAGCUUAAGGUGCUGAAAGCUGUCGGAACUGGGAUGUGAUCAUUUAGGCUCUUAUAUGUUUGUAAGCCUCGGGUCCU